AUGGUGGCUGCCAGCACAGUCCUCAGGCUCUCCAGUCACAAAGUCACGAGCGCAAUUGCAGCACUUGAGCUCCACUGCAGUGCUCUCCAUUGCGUCACUACCUGUGGAGUUCCAGGUGCAUUGGAGGAGGACAUCUACCAGCACUAUGGUGGGGGCAGCCUCUGCUUCAGCCACAGGUUUGCAUCAUCAACGCACAGCUUGAAGAUGCUGUCUUCACUAUACAAGCAGUUGCUGUUGUGGCCAUGUGACAAUGUUCGCUCUCAUUUCGUCUCGCUGCUUGUCAGUGAGUUGAAAAUGGAAAAAGAUACCCCAAAGUUGAACAAACUUGAUUGCAGCACAGAUGGGACCCAACAAAUCAGUCUGAAAACAGAGACACUACCACAUCCUGCUGAGACUGAAAGAAUAGGUGAUGUCAGAACACCUGCAGAAGUCAGUGGGAUUCCUGGAUUGGUAGCUAAUGUUUCUGGAUAUGAAGUGGAAUCGUUCCAGCCAUCUGCUCAGGAAUGGGUCCCAGGGGACCCCAGCCCUGUUCAAAAUGGGCACCAAGCAGAGAAUAUGGGUGGGAGCCUGGAGCAUGAGCCACAGAUGAAGCGUUUGUCUUUGAAGAGACAGUUGCGCAAGAUUCUCUUUAGCCUGGGCCUCCUGGGCUGGUGUGCAUCACAACAGAUCUUGAAUUCAGAGCAAUCUCAAGUUCUGUGGGACAUGACAGCGACUGUCAUCUGUCAAAACAAGCUGUGGCUGGACGAUGAGAGGCUCAGACGGGGUUCUGUUAUUGUUCUGCGUACAAUUUCCUCCAGCAGACCAGUGGCACGUGAUAAUCGUGGGGAUCAACAUGCCGUUCCGUAUCGAUCGGUCUCCGAUGAACUCACAUGGAUAAGCUGGGCUAUGGUUAAAUGCAGAGGAAUACAGGACUAUGGGGCAGUGAUAUGUUUGUCAAAAUGGGCAAUCGACCUUGUUUCACCCUUUCGAGGUCAGUUUCUUGCCAUCCCUCAAGAACUGCUGGACGUGGUGCUGAACAUGAUGGAUAAUGUUGACUGCACAGUGCGAAAUGCUGUGUCGGGCGUCCUAUGUGCUUUGUUUGAGGUACGAGCCAAGGUGAACGUGCAUCAUUUGGCUGCUGCUGCAAGGGCGCUCUGUCAACGGUCGUCGGACAUUGCAGGUCCUGAUGCUCAGUUGGUUGUGGCAUAUGUGCAUGCACUCGCUCCCUACUGCUUUGCUUUCUCCAAGGUACGGGCUUUGGUUGAUGUCAACGGGAUUCCAGUGAACAUCCACCUGGCCUUGCAGCCACGAUCGCGCACUUUUCGGACAUCCCAGCUUGGCAGAGUGCUGGAUCAACUAUCUCAGGGUGUUCUUGGCGAUGCAUCACCAGGAGGUCACAUGGGUUCCACCAUGGUGCAAUUGCUUCAGAAGCCAACUGACUUGUCCAGCAUCGAUGCUGGGCCGAAGAUGGCAGACUGGGUGCCCAGGCUGGUUCACAGCUUGUCUGCCUUCAGCAGUGAUCCCCAGUCUGAUGUACAGGGGGAUGAUGGGAACAUGUGCAUUGUCCAAGAGCCCUUUCCUCUGGAACGAUUGACAACUGUGAACCAUAUGUUCUGGUUCUUGGUGCAUGAAGCGCUCAGACAGUGCAUAGGAACCCGUCUUCGGACCCAUCUGGGAGGUGCAAUGAAGUUGUUCUCCUGGUUGGAGAGAACACUAUUGGCUGUUAAGGAAAGGCAGCAGGAGCACAGAAUGAUGGACGCCCAGUGCAUCUGGAUGCUGGUUGAGUACAUUGUUGCACUUGAGAAGGCUGUGUACUGUGGGUAUGAGGGGUCAGCUGUGUUGAUGGAACCGCCAAAAAGCUGCUGGGCAUUCUUCUGUGGGAACAAAAAGACAUGCGAAGAGUGCUUCAACCGGCUUCGUCCUUUGGUCAUGAACACAAGCCAGGCAGCUGGUCACCACCAAGGGGCAGUGCAUGCUGCCAUGGAGCAGUUGCAAGUGCUUGAAAAACAGCUUCCCGGCCUUCCACAGCUGGACUCCAUGUGCUUGGAGGUUGGAAAUGGAAAGGAAGUUGGCAGUGGCAGGACAAUGGCCAACGAGGAUGUUCUCCAGGUGAUACAAGGUAGAGAGCAAGAGGAGGAACGCCAGCAAGUGCCAGAAAAGCAGAGGCUUCAGGAUCGUCUCCCAGUGGCUUGGGAACAAUUUCUUGAGAAAGUAAGCACUGCUGUGCAGGUUUGCUGCCUGGGAUUGUGCAGGUUAAAGGAGGGGGAUGCCAUUCUUGGAAUCUUCUCUUACCUACGGAAGACAUUUGGCCCAACUAAGGUUCCAAGUGGUGAUGCCACAGAGGAUGCUUGCAGCUAUCCUUUUGGUUGGGUUCAGGGCGUCGCCUGUCAAGCAGCAGGGUGUUACGAACGAGCUCAUGGAUUCUACGCCGAGUUCCUAAUGUAUGGCACAGAGCAGAUGCCCAAGGCCUCAGCACUGAGCACAGGCACAGCCAUCGGAACAGCAGGGCAGUUCCUGGCACAGAGUUUUCGUCCAUUUGUGGUCGAGCGCAUAGGAGAGUGUUAUUGUCAGCUUUCUGAUUGGCAUGGCUUCAGAAGCUUUGCAGAAAUUGUAAGGGCCGGGCAGAUGGUAGAUGAAGGCAAGCGCACUGCAACACUGAAUCGGCUACUGGACCGUGGGGAGCUGCUGGCAGUGUGUGAUGGGGACAAUCUUGCUGAGGCUGUAGCAAAACUGUGCUCAUGGACUACAAAUAUAGAAGACCCAUCCCUGGGCUGUUCUGGACCCAACCAGGUCAUGGAAGAUGUGGAGGACCACAUUCUGAAGGCGCUGGCUGCUUUGAAGUGUUGUAUUCACAAUCAACAAGUCCCUGGUGGUCUGAUAUCAGAGAGCACAGCUAAGAUAUGUUCCCGGCUACAAAUGCCUGUCCAGCUUUACGCCGAAGACAGCCCAGAAUUGCUCACUCCUCACCUGCUGAACCUGCACUGCCUCAGAAGCCUGCACUUGGCUUUAAAAAAAUAUCCAGAAGUAGCCAGUCGCUGGGGUGAUUCAAAGCUGGCUGCAGAUGGUAUUUUGGGACCCUCAGCAGAUCGAAAGAUGGACGACGUGGCACUGUUGCCUCUUCAGCUGCUGUGCAGCGGUGGCAGGGAUGCUGAUCACCAAAGAGAGCUCUUCAAGCUGCUGCUUCCUGAGAUAUGUCACAGGCCAUUGUGUGCCGAUCUGCAGCUUCUUGAUCCUGCAUGGAUGUUGAAAUUGUCAAGGGUACUAGAAGGUUCUUCUACUCAAACCUCUGAGGAUGCCACUUUCCUGCUUACAUUGGUUGCGGCACAUGUUGCAAGGAACACAGACAACCCAAGGCUUUCCUCAAGACUGCUGAACACGUUGCCAUCUUCCAAUGGCGGCUGGCAGGAUUUGCUUGUCUGCCUGCAACAUUCAGAAGGUGUGCACAGGACUGGAGGAAGCAGUGCACGUUCUGCAGCACUAACUAUGUGCUGGGAAGCUGUGGCAUCGUUCCUGCAAAGCACUGGUGUCAAAGGCUGGACUGCACAGGUCGCUGCUGCUGCCUGCCUGAGGCUGUCCAGUUGGCUAUCUGGCGUGGACAACAGGGACGCAACCUUAGGGGACUCUCUUGCAGCUGCAUCAGUGGACUGGGGUUUGUUAGUGUCGAAACUGGGCAACCAGUGGAGAAGACUCAUGGAUAGUGCAGGAGGUGAACAGCUGUCCAGUGGAUCUAUUGGCACUCAAGUCACAAGAGUACAUUGUGCCUGCGUGGCUGGAGCCCUCACAUUGGCGCCAAGCAUGGCGCGAGCUUUCAGAGAGUAUGGAAAUCUGCUGUACAGCUUGACACAGGAGGCAGAGUCCAAAACGAAGCUGUCCACCUUCCCUGAAGAGGCAGCCGGGCAUCUGGCUGGCUAUGCACAUACUUUAGCUGCAUACUGCCAGUAUCUGCAUAUGGUGGGGAACAGUGGAAAUGGCCAUCACACAUUUGAGCAGCACUUUCUGAUUCUCUUGAGAGUGCUUCACAUAGUUGUGUAUCAAGGAGUGCAUCUUGCUGGCCCCGCCCUCGAUGAACCAUUGGCACGUGUGCCACCAGCAGUGUGGCAAGUGGUUACACCCCAGCUAUUCAGCCAUCUUGGGGAUCACCAGCAUGCUGUCCGUCAGUACCUCCAGCAUAUCUUGCAGGGUGUCAUUGUAUCUGUGCCAUCCGCCGUCUUGUAUCCUGCAGCCGUGGAGAUGAGAAGGGCAGAGCACAAAGGGGAGCAUUUGCUGGAUGAGCUUCAGGCCCUGAUUUCUGAAUUACAACAGCACUACCCAGACCUACUGGGCAACCUCAUGGUCCUCAUGGAGGAGAUGGAGCGCAUCACUGUCUUGUGGGAAGAGCAAUGGUGCGCAACGCUGACAGAGCUCCAUCUGGAUGUGCAACGCCGGACAGUGGCUCUGCAGGCUGAAGCGCAGAGGCUCAGAGAUAACCACAGUCUGGACCAGCAGCACAGGGCUGCGAUGCUGCGGCAGCGAUUCGUCACACUCAUGUCACCUGUGAUUUUGACUCUGGAGAAGCGGUUACGGUCAACGGUGCUGAACCCAGCAGAGACGCCUGCAGAAGAACAUAUGCAGGCCAUGUACAUGAAGCCACUGACAGCUGCCAUUGCAGGCAUUCGCAACCCAACCCACACACUGGAUGUACCAUCUGUACAGACACUCUGGGCACCACUCAAGGGUCUGUGGAAGCAACUGGGGCAGCGCUUGAAGUCUUUGAAGAUGAGCUUGGGGUUUGUGUCUCCAAGAUUGCUGGGUCUUCAGGACACCAGCAUCCCUAUGCCAGGUCACACUGGCAGCGGGGUCACAAUUGCAAACUUCAAGCCUGAGGUACUUGUGCUGUCCACAAAGACUCGACCAAAGAAGUUGGCUAUGCUGGGCUCAGAUGGGGAAGAGUAUGUGUACCUGCUGAAGGGACGAGAAGAUCUGCAUUUAGAUGAGAGGUUAAUGCAGUUCCUGCGUGUCGCCAACGGUUUGCUGCAAGACCAUGCACUUACAAAACCUUCUGGGCUUCGUGCCCGCUGGUAUACAGUCACUCCUCUAGCAGGGCGUGUGGGACUAAUACAGUGGGUGCCGAACACGGUUUCGAUGUAUGGACUCUUCAAGGCAUGGCAAGAGCGGCAGCUAGAACGGCAUCAGGCCAUGACAGAAGCCAUGAAGCAGGAGCCAGAAGGCCGUGCAGGACCAACCACAUCACCCAGCAAGGGCUCCCCACCCUCUGGACCCCCCCCUGCAGCAGCUAUGAGACCAGUAGACUUGUUCUUCUCGCGAAUGAUGCCAGCCUUGAACGAGGCUGGGCUGGAACGUCACACACCCAGGAAAGACUGGCCCAUUGAGGUCAUGAAAAAGGUCUUCAGUGGCCUCAAGCGCGCUGUGCCUCAGCAGCUCUUGGCGAAAGACCUUUGGUGUGGUAGUGGAACCAGUGCAGCAUGGUGGCAGCGAGUUAGGCAGUACAGUCAGUCACUGGCUGUCAUGAGUAUUGCAGGCCACAUUCUGGGCCUUGGUGACCGGCACUUGGACAACAUUCUCCUGGACAAGCAAACAGCAGAAGUUGUGCACAUUGACUACAAUGUUUGCUUUGAGAAGGGUUUAAGGCUCAGGGUCCCUGAGUUGGUGCCCUUCAGGUUGACACAGACCUUGCAGGCAUCAAUGAGCCUUGGUGGCCUGUCGGGCAUUUUCCUCCACAAGUGCACAGAUGUCCUGACGGUGAUGCGGGACAACAAGGCAGGCCUGAAGGUGCUCCUGGAUGCCAUGCUCAGCGACCCCACUGUGGACUGGGCAGCUGAGCGACAUGAGAGGGCUGCACGGAAGGACAUGGACCUGGCUGUCAGUCUGCAAUUGUUUGCAUCUCGAGUUGAGGAGCUCCGGCAGCCCCUUCAGAUACCUUCUGUGGAGCUGUUGCCACGUUUGGACGAGUGUGUCACUGUAUGCCAAGUGUAUCUUGAGCUGCACCAAUUCAUGGCAACACAACAACAUCGUCUUUGCCAUGCCAGGCGGCAGGUGGCUGAUGCGCAGUCUACACUUGCUAGCGCUGCUGCUCAAGAGGGUGCACAUCUUGAUGCAUACAGUAAAGCUUCAGAGGUUCAAGCAAAGUGCAUCAGUGAUAUGCAGACUGUGCAGUCCGGUAUUCAGCGGGUGGUGUCACACUGCCAGGGAUGGGUGUACAGACACCUUCAGGUUGUUGGCACCUUGAAAGAAGCAACACCAUCAGUUCUGAGCACGCGGCAACCAAUGUGGCAUUCUGGAGCAAGCACUACUUCGCUGGAGCUUGUCCUGAAGUCAGGUACAUCUCGGAGUCAGACCAUUCUGGAGAGUGUCUUGGGUAGGGCACCUUCAACAUCAGUCCUCCCAACAGAUGUGCUACGCCAGUGUGUAGCGUUGGAUCGUCAAGGAUGCAAUCUACUGCAGUCACGAGACUCUGUUGUAGCUGGAGCGCUGAAAUCCCUGACACAGUAUUCUGCCAUCUUGAAGCAUCUACUGCCCCAGAAUUAUUGGAAGAGCAGUCAACACUAUAAAUGGGCAGAGUGUUUUCAAGCAGCGCUGGCCACAGCCCCUGAGAAUGGGUUUGAAGCUGCACAGCAGCUUGCACCAAAGGUCCCCCCAGAAGAUUCUGUCACCAGCAUGUGGAGAGCACUCAUUACGGCCUACACUGGUGUAGGACGUACAGUGAAAAGCCAGGAUACACAGGGAAUGACACCAACUUUUGGACGCUUGGAGAACGAUGCAGCUUCAAAGGAAGAGCAGCUCCAGGCAGCUCUUUGUGACACCAGUGGUGAUGCUGACCUGGCAGCAGCUGCUAUUGUGACUGUCUGCAAGGCUCUGUUGGAGUGGGCGGAUGAACCACUGUCUACAAAGACAUUGCCUCGCAAGAGUCCACCAGGUUUCCAGGAGGAAACCAAUGGUGUUGCUAUCUGGGCACAAAAGCUGCAUGGCCUUGCCAAAUUGCUGAAGUUGUUGGCCUGUAGCGAAGUGGGCAAGAUGGCAUUGCUGGGACGCAACGCAACAGAUGACAAUGUCUCCUCAGAUAUAUCUGUUCGAUACUCAUGGCUGAAUGCACUGGAAAAGUACUCCUCUGAGGCAGUUGUGGCAUACAAGAGCUUCAGAAUGGGUUCAUUGGUGGACGUGGCAGCUGUUUUCGAAGAAGGUCCUGACACUGUCAAAGUGAGCAUCACAGAGUCAGUGAAGAAGGCAGUAUCUGAGCUGGAAGCUGUGCUGGCACAAGCAUGGGAACUGGAAAAUUUGAGGCUUGACCAUGCCGAUUUUUUAAUGAACUACGAUGAAAAGGUAUCAUCAGUUGCGAAGAGCCUGAGGGAGGUCCAGGAAUCAGCAUUCAAUUCUGGCCUCGCUCCGGAAGAGCUGCAGGGACUUGCCACGCAGCAGCAAGAGCUGGUUGCCAACCUGCAGCAACAGCAGCUCCAGUGGGAUCAGCGCGAUGAGGUUCAGGCACAUAUCAACGAGCACGCUGAUGCCCUCAAGCACGAGGCCACACUUGUGGCUGGGAGGCUGGCUUCUUUGAUGGAACGAGGAUGCCCUGGCAGUCUGGCUGCUGAGGAGGAAGGCGAGGCAGUGCAGUGGGGUUCUUUUGAAAUCCCUGUGUGGAGGCCACUUGCAAAGAUCUUCAAGCGACUGGAGAAUGCAGAGCAGCACCUGUCUCCUUAUGUGGAUGGAUGUGUGGAGGCCGCUGGUGGCGAGAUGACAGGAAAUCUGUAUGAGGAUCAGGAGUUAUUUCCUUCGGGUUUCCGUCAGUGGAACUGUCUCUUGGAGCAGGCGAGAUGGCUGAGGGACCUUGUCAUGGCUGUGUCAGAGCGCGCACGUGAUUCACAGCCUUUGAACACACAAUCUCGAACCAGAGAAACUGGGCAGGGUGUUGCCAUUCUGCUGGAAACUAGACUGUUGGCAGCACUGGAAGCAAGAGUCUGCAAGCUUGCUCCACCUGUUUUUCGAACAGGCAUACAGGAAUUGGUGUCUGCACUGGAGGGCAGGCCUCAGGUGACCUGUGUCUCAGCUCUUGAAGCUGGCAGUCACCCCAAGGAUGCAAUGCCUGAGAGCUGCAGUGGAUUUUUCGGCGAUGUUGUUGAUGCCCCCCAAGAGGUGUUGGGCGAACUUGAGAUGCCACUGGAAGCUGAAGAGGAAGUGGAGGAGGCCAGGGGCAGCUGGAAGAGUAGCAGCACAUCUGAGAAGCAGCUGGUGAAAUUCGCAGACUUUGAACGUGGCCUUGACAGCUCCAACGAUCUGCUUGAACCGCUUGAAGGCAGCAGGCCUGAGAGCAGGGGCAAGCAAGAUGACCCUGCAAAAGAGUUGAAGUCUUCUCAUGAGAGAGUGCCAGAUUUGGUGGAGUUGAUGCACAGAUGCCUAGAUGCUGGAGGAAACUACUCAUUGGCCCAAAUCCAACACCGUGCAGUGUCCUCAUGGGUGGCCGAAUUGAAGUUGGACCAGACCAUACGACUGCACAACCUUGCUGCCUUUGAAUGGGUUCAUGACUCAGAAGUACCACGUGAAACAGGUGCCAGGGGGCUACAGUAUGUGGGUGCAUACUUCCGUUGUGUAGGACUGGCAGACUUGCCAGAGGAUCUGCAGCGCGACCCACUUGGCAGGUCACAGAUUGUUUCCAAGCUCCAGGGUGCCUUGAAGGGAUUGUCAGAGCUCGAUCCGGCCUAUGCUGAAUGGGAUCAGCAGUCUGAGGCUAUGUCCCAGCAACUGCAUGGGUGUGUCCGGGCUGCAGCGCUGGAGGGCACACUACCCGGCAUGGACGGCCCUGUUACAGCGCAGGCCCUGCAAGGUUACCUGAACAGAAGAGUGAAGUGGCUCAACAGUGCCAAAGAAUACGCCGACAAUGUGGCCAGCAUUAUGCAAGCCGUUCUUCAGUUUGAGCAUUCACGCAAUGGGCAACUGUGGGCUCCAGAUCAGGAGCUCAGCCCUCGCACUUUCAAUGAGUUUCAGGAAUGGCUGUGCCAGCUUGACGGUGCAUCUAGCAGUCUCAAGGCUGCCCAGGCAGAUGUGCGGAUAUUUCACGCCCAGUCAGCAAACCUGCAGAACAUGGCGACACGAGCUUCAGCCGUGAUGAAAGCAGCCCUUGUUGAGGAGGCACGCACAUCGUCUCAAUUCUCCGAGCAUGCCGAGUUGCUGAUUUCGUCUGGCGGUGCAACAUCCGAGAAGCUGGGGGCUGUUGUCACUGGCAUGGCUGCAGCUGCAGAGCCAAUCGAAAACGACAUGAAGUCCUUGUUCAACGAGUUAAGUUCGGUGACAAGCGGGCACAGAGCAACACGGGAUGUGCAUCAGCUCGUUGGGAAAGUGCUGGAGCAGCACAGUGGACUGCUGCAGACACUGCAGCAAAUCAGGGAAACGGUGCCUGUGGUUGUGAAAAUGUUCGAGGGGUGCAUUGAUGCCAAACACUCACAAGAUGACACUGCGAGCACAAGCGCAGACGAAGCAAAGGCUGUGGCAUUAGCGGAAACAAGGGACUUGUGGACACAGGUUGAAGUGUGUUCCGGGCUAUGCGCUCAGGCAUCGAAGUCCUUGCAAAGUCUGUGCUCUGCCCUUGAUUCCCUGCUUACAGCAACGAACAGCAUCUCAGUUGCCCUCCAGUCCGAGCAUGGCCUUGAGGAGGACAUCGUCGAUCCUGCCGAUGCUGGACGUGUUGAUGGAUCAAUUGCAAGGGAUAGCAAUGACCAAGAACAGGACUUGGGGUCUACGAGCGCGUUAGCGUCGGAAAGACCAGAGGAUGGGGCCAACCCACAACAGUGCAGCGCGAGGCAGUGGCUGUCAGUGGCUGGUCUGUCACAGGAAAUUGAAGGUUCGCAAGCCCCAGUCAUUGCUGGUGGCCUCCAGGCAGCAUUCCAGGCUGCAGCAGCAUCUGAUGACGUCUCUGAAACCGUCCCUAAAAGAGAACGCGAUGAAGACGGUCGUACUGGAGAGUGUGAAGGAGAUGUGGGCGAUGUGCCACCGAGUGGUCCCGGAACCAAGGACGCUCAGCAUGGAGGCGAGCCAAGCAGUUGGCGGCCGCCUGCUGGUGAACCGCAGGGAGAGACGCAUGGAGGCACGGCGGCUUCACAGAGCCCAGUCGUGGUGGGGCGUCGAGGUCGCAGUGAUGCAGUCAUGCCGUCGAGGCUGGUUCGUGGCCUCAGCCAGGAGCAAAAGACGUAUGCCGCAUCUGUGCUGGGGAGGUGCAUCGCCAAACUCGGGGGUAGAGAGAGGGAAGGCGGCGCUCAGUUGACAGCGCUGCAGGAGGUGGAAAGAUUGAUUCAGCAGGCGACAAGCACAGAGAACCUGUGUCGCAUGUACGAGGGCUGGACACCUUGGAUAUAG